CACAUUGUAAAAUACGGUGCACACACACACACACACACACACACACACACACACGUUCUGGUGGCUCACUCUCACUUUAACGCCAACUUUCUCCAAUGGAAUGGAAGACGAUCAGCGAGUGUGUCGCGCUCACGCUUUCACACAAGCUCUGUUUCUCCUGCUGAGCCUGGUUUUGUCCGAACUACCUCACCCCGAAGCCAAACCUCUGGACUUUGUGUGUGUCAGCGAGGCGAGGAAGGUCAUGAACAAGGUGAAGGAUUUGCAGCAAGACCUGGCCCAGUGCAGCCCUGCAGCGUUUCUCCCUGCUCCAGUCCGAAUUCCCUGCAUCAGGGUUAACUUAUUGACCUGGAAAAGCAAACCUAUCCCAGAGCGCAGAGCUGAGAUCCUGCAGUCUUUGAGGAUGUUGGCGCAGGACAUUCACCAGGCCAGGAAUGGAAGCCAAGCCGAAUGUGCGCUCAGACUGCUGGGCCGCCUCGAACACAACAUCAACAACUACAUCCACACAGUGAGACAGCUCCACGCCCAGAGUGGACUGGAUGGGCCGAAAGUUCCAGAGAUUUCAGUUCAGUCCGUCACCCAGGAUCUAAGUCGGGUUCUGCAACACUUUGACCGUCUGAUCUCCAGAAAACUGGAGUGGCUUGUUAGUGAAAUGGCGAAAGAGUGUGAGACUAAAACAGACACCUAAAAACCAGAAGUGAGGCAUCUGGGACAGGAGAACAGAAGGUCAGACACUUGACAGGACGCCUACUGAGCCUACGUAGAAAUAUGGAGAUAGAGCGCCAUCUGCUGGUGAAAGAUUCCACCAUUUCCUUGUGCACUUUUUUUGAGUCCAGAUGGACAUUAGAAGGCUGCAAAGAAGACUAUAAAUGGACGUGCUAAACACUUUCACCUUCUUCUGGACCUUAUAUAUAAUGUAAACUGUAAAACAUUAUUUUUUAUACAGAGAUAUAGUAUUUUCCUUAAUGUCAUUAAUGCACUCCUUUGUAAUAACAUAACUCCAUUUACACUUCAUCACAAGAUGUAAUUAUUUUGUCUUCCUGCUGUGACUAUUUAAGUGUACUUUUGUGUUUCUCUUCUGCUCGUGUUACUAAUUUGAUAAAUUUGAUAAAUUUUACUGGAAUAGUACAGCCAAAAUACCUCCCAAAAAUGACCAUAAAUGUAGCCUCGCUCUGUGUCUGAUGUUUCCUUCUAUACCCUGUGAAAGAAACAAUAGAAGCCCUCAUAGAAUUUGUAAUGGUAUUAACGGCCUUCUAUUGGUAGCAUGUUAUGUCUAGUGGAUACCAUUAAGAACCAAUAAUGGUAAUGGUAAUAAUUUUAAUGGUUAGCUGAAGGUUUGUAAUGCUAUUUGUAGUGGAAACCAUUAGAAUUUCUUUAAUAGCUUCUGUUGUUUUUCUUAAGCAGGGUAGUUUUGACAGGCUAUUGUAGCUAACAAGUAACUGAAGCUUACAGCCACUAGUUUAGCAUUGCAUACUAAAUCUGUAGGUUGUCUGUGUGAAAUUGUGUAAAUAGCCCUUACAACGGCUUCUGUCUGUUAUUCAACAACUGUAGCACUUAAUGCUAAUAUUAAUAUCCACUGGAGAAAUGUCCUCGGCUCAAAGCAUUAAACCAAAAUAAUAAACAUUUAUACAUUUUUUUUGUGACGCUAAAUUAAGUGCUUUAUCAUUUUAUAAAUAAAACAUGUGACCUACGUGUACAGAGUGCAGACUUGUCAGACAGGUCAUAGCGAUGUGACUUUUGCAAAUGGCUGCCGAUCGCUAUGUCAGUCCGUUUGCUGGGAAUGGAUUAAAGUUUCUGUUUCAG